AUGAGUGGCCACUAUCACACCACCACCACCCACGCGAAUGAAAGUGUUCUCUUCUCGCCACCACCACCCAUGAGAGACUCUUCAGCCAUGCAACUCUCAUUCGGAGAAUCCUCAAUGAUGAUGCUUGCCAUGAAUAACACCACAACAUCAGCCACCAUGAUGAAUGAUUCCUUUCAAAACAAUACCGGAGAAGUUGUUCUCGGGAGUGAUUUAGAGAGCCAUCCGAAACUCACUUUUCAUCGCCAAGUGGAUAUUGCUCGUAACAAUAUUGUGGAUGAGGAUUUGGAAGGGCAAAUGAUGGAAAAGCAAUUCAAAAAAUUGAUCUUUUUAUAUCGUGAGCUCUAUUCGAAGAAGCUUUCGCUCUCUCGUUUGGAACAUUUGGAUGAGAAUGGGCACGUGAUGGAUCGAUUCAAAUCUCACAGUGUGGAUGAAACUGCAGUGGAGAGAGAAAAAACAGCUUACAAGAGUAAGAAGCUUGAAAAUCGACAAUUAGAGGACGAGUUGGAUGAAAAAACGAGACUUCUUUUUGCCAAGUUCGAUCAAGUGAAAUUCCUCAAACAACAAUAUGAAAAGAUGUUUGAAGCGUUUGAGAGCGAAGCUGCCUCACAAAAUGAUGAAGAUGUCCAAAUGGAAACUCAUCCAACAGCAGCAACAGCAACCACCGCCGAUCAAAGGAAUGAAAUGCAAACAUCCAUUACGCCAGAACAAUCGUCACAAGAUGUUGAAACAUCGAGUCAAGAUGUAAUGCCAGCAGCAGGACCAGCUGUGAAUGACACGACAGCAGAUGUUGUUCAACCACCAACACACUUUCCAACUGUCCUUGAAGAUGAUGAACAAGAAUUACCAACUGAACCACCAAAGACUUUGGAAGAAUAUUUGGGAGACACUCGAAAAAGACUCUCUUUUUCAGAUGUCGGUGAAGAAGAUGAUGGUGCGAUGGUUGAUGAAGACCAACAACAACAAUCUUCAUACAACGUUGAUGAUGUCAAGUCGUCCUCUUCAGUGGAUAAUCCAAUUUUAUCAGCUGUGAACGAGUUUAAGUUCCUAAAAUGGUCUAACUGUAUUGAUAUCAUUGAUUGUCGAGAAUUUCACUCGAAACAAGUGGUCGAUGUCGAAUUAAGGAUACCCUUUUUGACACAUGGAGAUGAAACUAAGCUCGAUGUCUCUCUAACAUUCAACAAGGUUAAUAAGGAGUCCAUUCUCCUCUCUGUACAGUGUGCUCAACCAAUAUCAAGUCAAAGAGUUGACUUCUCUGACAUUAUUGAUCGAGCAAUCAAACAAAACAAUGUUUCUUAUUUAUUUUCUGCAAUAUCGAGUAGAAUUCGAUCUUUCAGGAAACAAUAA